AUGCUUACGUGGUUUGAAUGGGGUUCCUAUCGCAAUCGUGACCUCCUCUACUACAGGUCAGACACCGUUGGCCCAAGAGAAAUCAUUGAACUACUUCUUGCUGAGCACGCGUUACGUGAACUCAAACAGCGCGAGGAAGCGCUGAAGCAGCGCUCGAUUGCUUUACAAAAGGCCAAGGCUAUUGAGUCAGACAGUUCCGAGCUUGAAGACGCCAAUGCACAACUUGACGAGACCCGAAAGCAAAUUCCAAGAAAAGAGCACGACCUAUAUGGAGCAGUUUCUAUGCUGACCUCCGUUCUGAGAAAAGAUUAUGAUAGCUUGAGGCGCAAUACAAAAUGGUUUAUGCGCAAAGAAAUGGUCCAGGAUUGCUCGGAUCGCGGUGGGUGUUGCAGUCGAGGAUGCGGAUGCUGCUCACAGCGACAUUUAUCCAAAGGGACUAAGGGUGAUGGCCACUGCACUACCGAGUGCUGGUGCUGUACUGCCUUUCGCGGCUUUGAGAUCUCCAAAGAAGAUAAGAUCGAUAUGGUCAAAGAUUUUCAAAGCAGACUGGAACGCAAUAGAUCGGGAUAUUUAAUCGAUAUGGCCGAUUGGUUUUUUAGCCCAUUGCCGGAGCCCCCGGCCGUGGCUCCGAAGCUUUCAACUGUAGCCUCGCAGACUAUGACUGUGAUCGCAAAGACUCCGACUAAGGACAUGAAGACUCCUACCGUGACCGUGACCACGAAGCCAUUAAAGCCUAGAUCUAGGUGGCAGAAAAUCUUUGGACGGAACAAGUGA